CAUAGUAAACAAAACGCGACGUUCGGUUCGCUGCGCAUUUUUAAUGCAAUAAAAGCGAAAGGCUAGCCAAAAUCACGCAACUGCCGUCGCAUUACAUUUUGUGUAAUUUUAUUCAGACUUGGCGUUAUCUUCUUAGGCUCGACUUUGCAGUUUUCAAGUGAUUUGUAGCAUCGCAUUUGCAGAUGGAAAAUUCUGCGUAGCAAACAAACCGGUCGGUGCUCUCGUACAUACAUUGUAUAUACACUAUAUACACACAGACAAGUUCAGACGCGUACAUGGCCGAGGAAAAAGCGUCGCAGUGCAUGUUGUGUGGCAAAUUAAUUGCGCCGAGGGCCUCAAAAAACGAUCUUAUUAUUUUUGGCGUCCAUAUGCAACCUCUCUGUCGCGCCUCUGCCCACCCGCUGCUGAGUCUAUGCUGCGGGGGUGCGGGUGCGUUGAUGUGAGCCUGCAUCUUGGUGCGUGUGAGUGAGUGACAGUGCGAAGGUGGUGAGCUAAAACUUCGCGUAGUGUGAAUUGCCGUGCAAACACACAAACCGCCCACUAAAACACCCCUUCCGCUCUUCCAACAACGACCACGACAGCAGCAGCGAGUGUUCCACUUUCGAAUGUCCUGAUUUCCCUGCAGUGCAGCCAGGACAGCAGCUUCUUUGCUGGCGUGUUCCUUGCCCUAUUUUUUAGGAGCAAGACGCCGAUAGAAGAACUCCGACUCUGGGCCAGGACAUUUGCAACAUGCUCGGGAGCUGCGACAGCUCUCCGCUAAACCAUUCGAUGCGUCCCGCGCAGUGAUCGUUAGCCUAUAGGCUUACAUGCGUUAGAUUGGGAUUGGACAGCGCCCAGAUGUCGUCGAGCAACGGUGGCCUUAGCAGUGCCACCAAUGGACGUAGCGGCAGUACCGGUAGCGCAAACAUCAACCUUAAUCUCAAAGGGCAGGAGAGGUCUGUUGGAGCACCUGGGAUUGGUGCAUCUAGUGCCACGACCACGUCAAUUACACACAAAACACUGCCGGACCUGAAGACACAAAGGAGCAAUAGCGCCUGCCACGCCCACGAGUCUCUGUCCGCCCUUCGUCGCAUUGCACUGCCGGAAAAGCCGCCCGAGAAGCCGUUGAGCUAUGGCGCGGCUCAAAGCCGGGUCAUGGUUAAAGAGGCAAAGGACGAACACCUGGUAUACUGCGAGGGACGGCUACAUUCGGGUCCGCUGCUAUCGCUUAUUACCCACAUGGUCCCCACUCACGAAUAUUAUCCAGACGAGGGUUUUGUUUUCGCCUUCCUCCUCAGCGCUAGACUUUUUGUGCGCCCCCACGAGCUUUUAGCGCAGAUCUCCCAAACAUGGGAACAGCAGCAGCAGGAUGUGGGCGCAAGCGGAGAUGUUGUGGACGAUGCCGGACAGUUGCCACCCGGUCGGUCUACGUUGUUUAGCAUCAACUCCGCCUCUCCGCUGACCCAGCGGAAGGGAUCAGCGUCGGCGGUCACUGCCAUUACGGAGCUGGAGCCGCGUCCACAGCAGCGGACGACUACUCAGCGUUCUGCCCAACACUGCAUCAAACUCCUGUCGGAAUGGAUCGAGAUUUUCCCUUACGAUUUUAGAGAUGAGCGGUUGAUGCAGCAGGUGCGUAUUCUGGCAAGAAAAUGCGUCUACAUUGACAACUCUUUGGGGAAGCAAGUGUCGCGAAUCCUUCAGCUCCUGGUCUCCCGGCUGACGUCGCUAGAGCAGUAUGAAGAGUUUCUGCAGACGCUCAGCUCCGAAGAGGCGCAGAAUCAGCAACAGCAGCACCACCACCACGGACAUCAUCAUCACUUGCAAAGUGCCUUCCAGACACUUCUUGGCACUUCUACUCAUGCCAACGGGGCUAAUGGCGGUGGAUCUGCUAGCGGCACCUCCAAUUCCUCCUCCAGCGGCCAUACCUCUUCUGCAUCUGCAUCCAACUCGCUCUCCACCACUCCCCAGCCGGAUGAAGUGUUCGGCAUCAUGGACAUGUGUCCGAGCUGUGGACAAUUGGCCCACCAGCUGACUGCCAUUGAACUGGAACGCUUGUCGCAUAUCGGGCCUGAGGAAUUUGUCCAGGCCUUUGCAAAGGAUUACCAACAGCAAACCAAGGAUGGUAGCAAGGAAGGCAACAAAGGCAAGUGUAGUGGUAGUGCCGGUGGUUCGUUGAACGACAUGAAAAAGACCCGUAAUCUGGAGUCGUAUGUGCAAUGGUUCAAUCGUCUCAGCUACUUGACGGCCAGCGAGAUUGUCAAGUACCCUAAAAAGAAGCAGCGUGUGCGCAUCAUAGAGUAUUGGAUUGAGACAGCCCGCGAGUGCUUCAAUAUUGGCAAUUUUAAUAGUCUGAUGGCCAUAAUAGCUGGUCUAAAUCUGGCUCCAAUAGGCAGACUUAAAAAGACGUGGGCCAAGGUGCAAUCGGCCAAGUUCUCCGUGCUGGAACAUCAAAUGGAUCCAACAUCGAACUUCAACAGCUAUCGCUCAACACUCAAAGCUGCAAUGUGGCGCUCCGAGGGUGCUACUGAGGAACGCGAACGCAUAAUCAUUCCAUUCUUUAGUUUAUUUGUUAAGGACUUGUACUUUCUGAACGAAGGAUGUUCCAACCGGCUGCCUAACAAUCAUAUCAACUUCGACAAGUGCUCUCAGUUGGCCAAACAAGUGAUGGAGUUUAAUGAGUGGAAGAAAGUGAAGUGUCCUUUCGAAAAGCUGCCCAACGUCAUAGCCUACCUUCAACACAGCGCAGUGCUUAAUGAGAACACUCUUUCCAUGGCCUCUUUCGAGUGCGAGCCGCCGGAAAACACGGAGGAAAAGGACCGCUACAAGACCGUAAAGGCGGAGACGAAGCAACAACUGCUACAGCAGCUGCAAGAGCAGCAACAAUAGUCGAAGUAACCACUAUGUAGAGGGUAGACUAAGCUACGCUCAAGCGCUUGCCAUGAUUAAUUUUUCUACUAGACUUGUAAGACCGGGGAAUAUUUUAGCUUAAGUUGAUGCAAACGAUGAGUACAGAGGGUGACCAAGCCUCAAGCCCUGAAUAGCCUUUUCCUGCUUAAAAAAGCUUCUGAAGCUUAAAUCUCCAUCUUGUUAAUCACUUUUGACUUUUGUUUUUACCCUUCUUAGUCUGAUCUUUUCCGGAAUCCUUACUGACGGGUGACGGCGGGUCCUUUGAGAGAAGGCUCUGAUACGUUGCCAGUAAUUUUAUUUAUUUUAUUAGUCGAUUAGGAGGAUGGAGACAACGAACCAAUGUACUUAAAGCCUUUAUGGCUACCAUCUAAUGCAACAAAUUUAGUUAUUAGCGUGAAAAAUGUGGUACAGCGUGAAUCAUUUAUGAUAUAUUUAUUAUAAACAACAUCUGACAAAGCUGCAUAAGUACGCGAUAUUCGUACGUGACCAGUAUUUAUAUUUAUGUAUACAAUUUUAUAGCUAAAUGAAAUCCUUUUGAUAUUCCGUAAAGAUUACAUUACAUCCGAGUAUAGUCCAACGGAGUGCACGAUGAUUCUGUAUCGAGGCUUUUCUGCAUCAGCAACAUAUUUCGGCAACUGUCAGUCGCUGAGUACACUUUCGUAUAAUUAAGGAAAUCGACCGAACAAGAAGUAAGAAAAGCUACAAAGCAAAGGACACUUUGUGGUUAAAAGAUGCUUUUCCUCUAUAAGAAUUUUAUUUUUAACAAUGCAAUUGCAAGAUUAAGUAAUAUUGUGGAUGAAAUCUUAAAUGAUAUUAACUAUAAAGGGACUAAACACACCAUUAAUGAUUAAAACUGCUUUCGAAUAAAGAAUACGAACACAAACAGUUCUCAUAACAAAA